AUGAAACACAACGGGCUUGGGAGAACUCGAUCCGCCGAGAACCAGGCUUCACAAGUGAGCGACGAUGUCCGCCGGACUGUGGGCCCCUACGGCUCCCACAACCGCCUUAAUCGCAAGCACACCAAGGGAUUGUCCACCCUCAACGAACUCAUACUAGCCAAGAAGCAUACACUGUUCAGGGCUAAUAUCACCCCACGGUUUUUCCACACGAGGUGGAACGGAUGGUUGGGAAGGCUGGCCAUCUCUGGCGCGCCUGAGCCGAUCCUCAACACUAUCCGUGAUGACCGUGACUGA